AUGGUGAAAGGAGCACACAGAGGCACGCCGCAAGGCGGGGUCCCGUCGCCUCUCCUGUGGAAUCUGGUGGUAGAAGACCUGAUCAAGAGAUUCGAGAGGAAGGCCCCAAAGAUAACGGCCUAUGCUGACGACAUAAGCGGGAGUGUGUUCAUCGACACUCAGCUCGAUUAUGGAAUCAACGCUCAGGACAGCAAGCUGACAUGGAAGCCCAAUGUAUUAGAGAGGGUGAAAAAGGCCACCAUAGCGCUAUAUGCAUCCAAGAAGAUGCUUAGCAGCACAUGGGGCCUCUCACCCGCUCUAAUGCACUGGGUUUACAUCUCGGUGGUGCGUCCAACUCUGAUGUAUGGAGUCUUAGUGUGUUGGCAGGCUAUGGAAAAGCCGACUUACAACAAACUCAUGGAGGGAACUCAGCGGCAGGCACUGCUCUGGAUAACAGGGGCACUGAGGUCAACCCUCACAAUAGCACUCGAAACUAUAAUUGGAGUUGAUCCCCUAGACAUCCACGCGCAAAUGAUUGCAGGAAAGGCUGCACAACGCCUAGUUGCAUCAGGGAAUAUGUCUCUACAAGGACUCGGGCAUAGUUCAAUUGGUCGAGACAUGAGCGGUAGAUCUGACUACAUGGUCACCAGAACGUGCCCGGAUGUAAGAACAACAACAUUCAUGGGACCAGACGACUGGAAAACAUGUCAGCACCAUGCUCAACACCUCAAUAUAUACACGGACGGCUCCAAGAUGGAAGAAGGAGUUGGAGCGGGCAUAUACUGUACAGACCCUGAUAUGCGGCUGUCGUAUAAACUACCAAGCCAAUGCAGCAUAUUCCACGCGGAAGUAUUCGCCAUAGGGAAAGCGGCAGAGCUUGCGCAGAGCAUUGACCCCCCACAUGAAGCGGUCAACUUGUUCGAAGACAGUCAAGCGGCGAUAAGAUCCAUGCAAUCGUCAGCGGUCAGUUCCAAAAGUGUACUGGCAAGCAGAGAGGCACUAGAUAUCCUUAGCACGACCACGUCAGUGCGGAUCUACUGCGUUCCCAGCUACCAGGGCAUCGAUGGUAAUGAGACGGCAGACGAACUUGCAAAGGAAGGCAACGCUCCGAAGCGAACUGGAAAGACGGGCCGACACACGAGCCAAAAGCAGAUGGAGAAGAACUUCCACCACCUGCAAAGUUUCAAAAAUCAUGUGCAAAGAGCGCAACGCAAUACUCAGCCACUACGUGCUGCAUCUUCCAAGGAAAGACCGCAGACUGUGGGAAUUCUUACAGGUCACUGCCUAGCUGCGGCACACGCAGUCAAACUGGGCAUUACCGAUAACGCCAAAUGCCGAAAAUGUGACGAAUUCGAGGCAAUUGAAACCUUGGAGCAUCUCAUUUGCAAGUGUCCGGCCCUAACAAGGGCAAGAAUAAACUACCUAGGCGCUCCGGUUCUGGCAUCGCUAGAAGAUGCCUCCAGGAAGAAGCCAGGCGAACUACUUGCCUUCGCGAAAAAUACCUCGAUCCUAAAAGAUUUCGAAAACCGCGAAAACAUUCUCUAG